AGAGGGGAGGGAGGAAGGGAGCCUCAAAGGCCAAGGCCAGCCAGGACACCCCCUGGGAUCACAGAGCUCACCACAUCCCCAAGGCAGCUGAACCCUCCGCACCAACGAGCCCAGGUUAAACCCCAGAGGCCCCAUGGAGUUCCCUGGCCUGGGGGCCCUGGGGACCUCAGAUCCACUGCCCCAGUUUGUGGAUCCAGCCCUGGUGUCCUCAACACCAGAGUCAGGGGUCUUCUUUCCCUCUGGGCCUGAGGGCUUGGAUGCAGCUGCUUCCUCCACUGCCCAGAGCACAGCCACUGCUGCAGCUGCUGCACUGGCCUACUACAGGGACGCUGAGGCCUACAGACAUUCCCCAGUCUUUCAGGUGUACCCAUUACUCAACUGUAUGGAAGGGAUCCCAGGAGGCUCACCCUAUGCUGGCUGGGCCUACGGCAAGACAGGGCUCUACCCGGCCUCAGCUGUGUGCCCCACUCGUGAAGACUCUCCUCCCCAAGCCCCGGAAGAUCCAGAUGGGAAAGGAAGCACCAGCUUCCUGGAGACCCUGAAGACAGAGCGACUGAGUCCAGACCUCUUGACCCUGGGGCCUGCACUACCUUCAUCACUCUCUGUUCCCAGCAGUGCCUAUGGGGCCCCUGAGUUUUCCAGUACCUUCUUUUCUCCCACUGGGAGCCCCCUCAAUUCAGCAGCCUAUUCCUCCCCCAAGCUUCGUGGAACCCUGCCCCUGCCUCCAUGUGAGGCCAGGGAAUGCGUGAACUGCGGAGCAACAGCCACUCCACUGUGGCGGAGAGACAGGACGGGCCACUACCUGUGCAAUGCCUGUGGCCUCUAUCACAAGAUGAAUGGGCAGAACAGGCCUCUCAUCCGGCCCAAGAAGCGCCUGAUUGUCAGCAAGCGGGCAGGCACUCAGUGCACCAACUGUCAGACGACCACUACAACGCUGUGGCGGAGAAAUGCCAGCGGGGACCCUGUGUGCAAUGCCUGUGGCCUCUACUACAAGCUGCACCAGAACCGCGUCAGGGGCGAGGUCUCCCCAACCAUGACCUCCACCGGCCAGGAUGCCACCACAACCAGGCAGAGAAGGAAUAGGCACAGUCCCCAGUUACCCCCUCAUGACUCCAGCGUCACUUCGAAACGAAGUGUUAAGAAGGGCACUGGACCCCGCACCGCUCACAGUCUAGCGGAAUUAAAGAAGAAAGGCAAAAUGAAGAAGCUUAGCCAAGCAGCUUCUGAAGAAGACCUAGUCAUGGGGCUGCAAGGGCUGGAUCUGAACCUUGAGGCCAAGGCUCUAGCUGGCACUGGCUUGGUGUUGGACGAGCAGCUAAAUGAAUUCCAUUGUCUCUGGGAUGACAGCUUUCCUGAAAGCCCUCAGCGGUUCCAUGCCAUCAAGGAGCAACUGAUCCAGGAGGGCCUCCUGGAUCGCUGUGUGUCCUUUCCGGCCCGGUUCGCCGAAAAAGAGGAGCUGAUGUUGGUUCACAGCCUAGAGUUCAUUGAUCUGAUGGAAACAACCCAGUAUAUGAGUGAGGAGGAACUCCGCGUCCUAGCAGACACCUAUGACUCAGUUUAUCUGCAUCCGAACUCAUAUACCUGUGCCUGCCUGGCCUCAGGCUCCGUCCUCAGGCUGGUGGAUGCAGUCUUGGGGGCUGAGAUCCGGAAUGGCAUGGCCAUUGUCAGGCCUCCUGGACAUCAUGCCCAGCACAGUCUUAUGGAUGGGUAUUGCAUGUUCAACCAUGUGGCUAUAGCUGCCCGCUACGCCCAGCAGAAGCACAGCACUCAGAGGGUCCUUAUCGUGGAUUGGGAUGUGCACCAUGGUCAAGGAACACAGUUCACCUUCGACCAGGACCCCAGUGUCCUCUAUUUCUCCAUCCAUCGCUAUGAGCAGGGUCGGUUCUGGCCUCACCUUAAAGCCUCUAACUGGUCCACCACAGGUUUUGGACAAGGCCAGGGAUAUACCAUCAAUGUGCCUUGGAACCAGGUGGGGAUGCGGGAUGCUGACUACAUCGCUGCUUUCCUGCACGUCUUGCUGCCAGUCGCCCUUGAGUUCCAGCCUCAGUUGGUCCUGGUGGCUGCUGGAUUUGAUGCCCUCCAAGGAGACCCCAAGGGUGAGAUGGCCGCCACUCCAGCAGGGUUUGCCCAGCUCACCCACCUGCUCAUGGGUCUGGCAGGAGGCAGGCUGAUCCUGUCUCUGGAGGGUGGCUACAAUCUCCGCUCCCUUGCCAAAGGUGUCAGUGCCUCACUCCACACCCUUCUGGGAGACCCUUGUCCCAUGCUGGAGUCGCCUGGUGCCCCCUGCCGGAGUGCCCAGAUCUCACUCUCCUGUGCUCUGGAAGCCCUGGAGCCUUUCUGGGAGAUCCUGGUGAGGUCAGUCGAGCCCUUCAAGGAUGACAACAUGGAGGACAGCACGGAGGACGAGGACGGCCCCUGGGAGCCCCCUGUGCUCCCGAUGCUGACCUGGCCAGUGCCCAAGGCCCGCACAGGGCUGGUCUAUGACCAGCGUAUGAUGAGCCAUCACAACUUAUGGGACAACCACCACCCUGAGAUGCCUCAGCGCAUCUCCCGAAUCAUGAGCCGCCUAGAGGAGCUGGGCCUUGCCAGGCGCUGCCUCCCCCUGCCCGCACGUCUUGCCACUAAUGCUGAGCUGCUCACCUGCCACAGUGCUGAGUACGUGAGUCGUCUCCGGGCCACAGAGAGGAUGAAAUCCCGGGAGCUUCACCGUGAGGGCGCCAACUAUGACUCUAUCUACAUCUGUCCCAGCACCUUUGCCUGUGCACAACUGGCCACUGGCGCAGUCUGCCGCUUGGUGGAGGCUGUACUCAGGGGAGAAGUUUUGAAUGGUGCUGCCAUCGUGCGCCCCCCAGGACACCAUGCUGAGCAGGAUGCAGCCUGUGGUUUCUGCUUUUUCAACUCUGUGGCUGUGGCAGCUCGCCAUGCCCAGGCCCUCAGUGGGCGUGCUCUGCGGAUCCUGAUUGUGGACUGGGACGUUCAUCAUGGCAAUGGGACUCAGCACAUGUUUGAGGAUGAUCCCAGUGUGCUGUAUAUGUCCCUGCACCGCUAUGAUCACGGUACCUUCUUCCCCAUGGGGCAUGAGGGUGCUAGCAACCAGAUUGGCCGGGCCGCUGGCAUAGGCUUUACUGUCAAUGUGGCCUGGAAUGGGCCCCGCAUGGGUGACGCUGACUACUUGGCUGCCUGGCAUCGUCUGGUGCUUCCCAUUGCCUAUGAGUUUAAUCCAGAACUGGUGCUGGUCUCAGCUGGUUUUGAUGCUGCACGGGGAGACCCACUGGGGGGCUGCCAAGUGUCACCUGAGGGCUAUGCCCACCUUACUCACCUGCUGAUGGGCCUUGCCAAUGGCCGUGUUCUCCUUAUCCUAGAGGGUGGUUAUAACCUGACAUCCAUCUCAGAGUCUAUGGCCGCCUGCAUUCACUCUCUCCUUGGAGACUCACCUCCCCUGCUGGCCUUGCAGCGGCCCCCGCUUUCAGGAGCCCUGGCCUCCAUCACUGAGACCAUCCAAGUCCAUCGCAGAUACUGGCGUAGCUUGCGGGUCACAAAGGCAGAAGACAAGGAGGAACUCUCCAUUUCUAAGUCUGUUACCAAGAAGGCAUCCCAACCAGCCAAUCCUGGGUUGACUGAGAGGAUGACCCCGCCACAAGAGAACAUCCUGGGAGCAGGCAUGGGGAAGGUCACCGCAGCAUUAUCUGCAGAAGAGUCCACUCCAAGCCAGACUAAGUCAGAAACAGCUGUGGUGGUGUUGACUGUGGAGCAGCCCUCAGAGGCAGCUGUGGAGGGAACCAUAGAGGGCCAGACCAUCUCAGAGGAGGCUGUGGGGGGAGCCACACAGGGCCCAACCACCUCAGAGGAGGCACCAGGGGGAGCAACCGAGGGCCAGACCACCUUAGAGGAGGUGGCAGGGGGAGCCACACAGGACCAGACCACCUCAGAGGAGGCAGAGGGGGUAGCCACACAGUGCCAGACCACUUCGGAGGAGGCAGCAAAGGAAGCCACUCUGGGCCAGACCACCUCUGAGAAGACUGGAGGGAAAGCCAUGCUGCACCAGACCAUCGCAGAGGCAGCCGAAGGGGAAGGCAUGAUAGACCAGACCACUCCAGAAAAGACUUCAAGGGGAGCUACACUUGACCAGACCACCUCAGAGGAGGCUGUGAAGGGAGCAGAACUGAUCCAAACUCCUCUAGACUCAUGCACAGAAGACCAGACCACCCCUACCUCACCUAUGCAAGAAGCCAAACCCCAAAUAUCUCUCAGUCAGCUGACUGGGAAUAACAAAACCUUGGAACUAGACAACAAAGCACAGGCAACCACAGAAUCUCAGGCCCCAGAAGAGGAGGGCCUCCUAGGAGAGGCAGCUGGAGGUCAGGCCAUGGAUGAUUCUAUGCUGAUGCAGGCAUUUGGGAACCUUGUUGACACUACACAGGCCACAUUUUAUGCUGUAAUGCCACGGUCCUGGUGUCCCCAUUUGGUGGCAGUAUGCCCCACACCUGCAGCAGGCUUAAAUGUGACCCAGCCUUGCCAGGACUGUGGAACGUGCAGGGAGAAUUGGGUGUGUCUGUCCUGCUAUCAGGUCUACUGCGCUCGUUAUGUAAAUGCCCACAUGCUCCGACACUAUGAAGACUCUGGACACCCAUUGGUCCUCAGCUACGUUGACCUGUCUGCUUGGUGUUACCCCUGCCAGGCCUAUGUACACCAUGAGGCUCUCCUAGACGUGAAGAACAUCGCCUACCGGGACAAGUUUGGGGAGGAUAUGCCUCAUUAAAUCCCAGAAGAUCCUCCCUCUUCACCAUCUGAGGCCCAAGAUAGAACAGCCUUAAUUCAUUCCAACCUGUACCUUGGAUGAGAGUGGCCUGUAACUCCAUCCCAACCUUAAUAUCCUUUGAAACUCCCAAGGGUGCUUAUUUAAGUAUGAAUAUGUUUAAGAGGACUACAGUGAUGAAUUGCGGAUCUCCCCCUGCCUAUCCAAGGGACAUCAUUAUUCUAUCCCAGAAAGAAUGGGGCAGCUAAGUGGCCUCAAGAGGGGAUAUCACAAAGAUAAUGUUGGGGGGAGGAGGGAAUCAACGAGCAGUUAUGGCAGGGUUCUAUAUGCAAUAAAAUACAAACUGUUGC